UAAGAGAGAGAGAGAGAGAGAGUCCAACUGUGUCUGGGAGAGAGCGACAGAAGAGAGUCCCACCUAAGAACCCAAGAAGAGCUUUUCUUCUUCUCUUCAACUCGGUCAGAGAGUUCAUCAGUCCACCGGCGCCGACGAUAGGUUGCGCCGCCGUGGACAUGUGCCUUCUCGCUCUCGCCCACCGACGGAGGUUUUCUCAAUCACAGAUUGAAUCAGGCAUUGACAUGAAUAGUUUUCUGAUUGCCAGAAGGAAGGAAUCUAGAGUGGGAUGGGCCCUGAAUUGGAGCUGAAACCAAAGUCAGAAGCUGCAAUGGAAGUUUCAGCUGUAAAGGAGACUGGUCUAAUUCAUAUAGAGCCAGAAGAGAAGAUUAUGCCUUGUGUGAGUAACUACAAAGAUAAUAUUUUUAACAUGGAAGCAUCAUUUGCGGAACAAGCUACUACAUCAAAUAGAAGUGAGAAUCAGGAGAUAAAUAUUACCGAUUGUGGCAGUCCGAAUGACGUUCGGAUGGUUGAAAAUGAAUGCCAGGACUUGACAGAGAGCUCGAGUUCUUUCGGUAAUACAGUAUCUGGGACAGAGAAUGGUUUGAUGUUGGAUGGUGGUGAUGAAGUUGAAUCACAGUAUUGUGAAAAUCCAUCGGUGUCAUUAUAUGAUGGAUAUUCUGAUGCAUUUCAUACCAGGAAGAAAAAGUUGACUGGUCAUUGGAGGAAAUUUAUACGUCCUCUUAUGUGGCGCUGUAAAUGGCUCGAACUGCAGAUUAAGGAGCUUCAGUCCCAGACCCUGAAAUAUGAUGCGGAACUUGCAGAAUAUGAUAAAGCAAAGCAGUUUGAAUUUGGAGGUUACACAGCUGAAGGUUUUGAUGGAAAGUCAAUACCAUUUUCAAGUCAAAUUCAAAGAAACAAAUUCAUGAAAAGGAAGAAAAGAAAGAGAAUUGAAGAUACUACUGAUAUAGUGUCAUUUACGUCAAACCAUAAACUGUUUUCCUAUUAUGAAAAUAAAAAUUCUGGUGCUAAUGGUGGUUCCAUGGAAGAGGAUUGUGGUAAUUUAGCAGGUAAAAGUAGUCAUGGCAUAAAUGAGUUUGACAUUGAGUUCAGAGAUGGUGAUAGUACCUUGGAAGAUACUCUUCGGAAGAUUGAAGUGGUACAUUCACAAGUCUGCCGGUUAAAGACCCGAAUUGACAAUGUGGUCAAGGAAAAUCCCGCAUUGUUUGGCUUUGCUCAAAGUCCUGCUCUUGAAAAUGGGAAUGAUUCACUAGCUGAAACUCUACCAAAUGCAUUUCAGCAUAGUUCUGAGUGUAACAUGGGACCUUUACUUUUGCCUGGGAGUGCAGUUUCAAGUCAUGAAGGGUUAACCGCUCUCCCUGGUAUGAUUGGGAACACAGAUCAGCCUUGGCUUGGCACUGAACAGGAAAAUGCCGAGGAUGGAUACCUUGUACCUAAUGCAGCUGUCAAGAAAGAGCAACAUGAUUUUGAAAACAAUAAAGAUCAGGUCAUAGAGCAGCCUCUCCUAUCGAGUGCACAGCAGAAAACUAAUUUCUCAGUUCCAGCUUCAAAAACUGUGCCAAAAAAAUCCAGCUUACCUAAUGCAACUCAACAACCCGAUUCCACUACGAGGACUGAAUUCCCUUGGAACACAAGAAAUCGUGGGAAGCGUAAACCUGGUUCGUACAGGUGGAGCCGGAAAUCCUAGAGUUAGAUGGACUAGAAGUGACUGAAUAUCAUUUGUUAUGAUAUUAUUGUAUAUGAUGCUUAUUCUGCUGUACAUGCUCAACUCUCUCACAUGCAAAUAUGAUUUCAACUGUACAUGCUGCUUAAUUAGGCAGACACACUAGCCUCAUGGAAAGGUUCACAACCUGUUGGUGUUUUUGUUCAAAUGGUUUUGGGCAUUAUACCUCCAUCA